UGCAUGUAACCCUGAUACAAACAGAUUUAAACUCUGUUGGCUUAUUGUGAUCAUUACAAAAUGAUUAUUAUUGCUGCAGUAUUUUUACUUGGCUUUAUUUUUGCCUAUUAUUUGCACGUGAAAAGAAAACACGAAUUUUGGCAAGAUCAAGGAGUACCACACCCAAAACCUGUCCUUCUUUUUGGUAAUAUUAUAAAAAUGAUCACUCUACAAUGUACGUUAUCCGAGUUCUUAAACAGCUUGUACAGGAAUUACCAGGAUUCUCCGUUUGUCGGGUUUUACAAUUUUUUAACGCCAGCGAUUGUCCUAAGAGAUCCAGAAGUAAUUGAGUAUUGUCUCGUUAAAAAUUUUGACUCUUUUUCUGCUACCUUAAUCCGACCUGCCGAUCCGAUCGUUAAACUAAAUCCGUUCUUCUGCGAAGAACGAAUGUGGAAGGCACUGAGAAAAUUGCUGGCCCCUAACUUUUCAAGCCUAAAGAUUAAGCUAAUGCUGGAUCGCAUGGAGAGGGUGGGUAAAAACAUGACGUCCUACUUGGAAGGCAACAACUGCAGUAUCCGCGCGGAUGAAUUGGCAUUUAUGUUUACUGGGAAUAAUGUAAUGGUUUGCGCCUAUGGGGUUGAUAACGAAUCAUUUCUAAGUAACAGUUCCAUGAUGAAUGGCAUCAGAGAUAGUAUGUCGAUGGGUACAAUGCCAAUAACUCACACUCUGGGAUUAUUUUUUCCAAAUCUAUGCAAAAUGCUGAAUAUCUCGUACAUGGGUAAGCAGGUGCCCGAAUCGUUCAAGAAUCUAAUUGCAAGAGUUGUAGAAGAUCGAAAAGUAGACAAAAAGGAGUUUGUUGACUUUUUGAAAGAGUCCAAAAUGAAGAACGAUCUCACAUUCUUGGGACACGCAAUGGCCUUCUUCCUUGAUGGGUACGAAACAAGCGCAAAUUUGCUCACCUACGCACUUUUAGAAUUGGCAAGAAAUCCAUCGGUACAAAUUCAAGCACAAAAUGAACUAGAUGAUAUAAACAGCGCCAAAAAAAGUAUAUACUCAUAUGAAGCUUUAAAAGAUAUGUCCUAUUUAGAAAGCGUUGUUUUCGAAACGCUGCGAAAACACCCGGUGAUCAAAUUUUUGAACAGAAGCUGUACAAACGAAUGCUUGAUGCCUUUACCAAAUGCACAUGGGAACGAAAGAUUUGUUCGAAUCAAAAAAGGUACGCAAGUAUUUAUACCAGUUGAGGCAAUUCAUCGAGAUGCCAAAUACUAUCUUGACCCACAUCAAUUUAACCCUCUUCGCUUUAGUGAGACGAGCAGUAGCGGAAGAACUAAACAUACCUUUUUAGGUUUUGGGUACGGACCUAGAAUCUGUUUAGGCCAACAAUUCGCAGUUACACAACUAAAAGUAGCACUUGCAUCUAUUUUACUACAUUUCACAAUUAGCAUAAAUGAUAAGACAACUUUUCCUUUAAAGAAGGUGUUUUACCAUUUGACUAAAUUUCCAAAAAAUAAAAUAUGGUUAAACUUUACAGCUAGACACGUAAAUGAACUUUAACACAAAAUAUAAUUUUUGAAUUGUG